UAUUGUCAAACCCCAGACAGGCACAGUGAGCGGGUAAAUACUUCCUCAAACACGCCGCGCCACUCAUUCUGCUCUCAACUUACACAGCAGCAGUGUGAAUACGAGACGAAUUGCUGUAACCUCUCGGACUUUAAACUUGGCAGAGUGAUCUCUCACCAUGGCUCCGUUCCUGCGGAUUGCCUUCAAUGAUUUUCAACUGGGAGACCUUCCCCCUAUGACAGAGCAGCCGUUCUGUGCCAUCAAGAUGAAGGAAUCGCUCAGCACAGAGCGGGGGAAGACACUGGUCCAGAGGAAGCCCACCAUGUACCCUGCGUGGAAAUCCACAUUUGAUGCACACAUCUAUGAGGGCCGUGUCAUACAGGUGGUCCUGAUGAAAACGGCAGAGGAGGCUUUGUCGGAAGCUACGGUCGGGGUUUCUGUCAUUGCCGAGCGUUGCAAAAAAGGAAAUGGUCGUGCCGAGUUCUGGGUCGACCUGCAGCCUUCUGGGAAGGUGAUGAUGUCUGUCCAGUUUUUCGUGGAGGAUUCAGAUCUAGAUUCAAAGGCCUCAAUGACUGGGAAAGAGGAAGACGGCAUCCUCACAAUAAACAGAAGGAGAGGAGCCAUCAAACAGGCCAAAGUUCACUUUAUCAAGAACCAUGAGUUCACAGCCACCUUCUUCAAACAGCCCACCUUCUGCUCGGUCUGCAGGGAGUUUGUGUGGGGUCUCAACAAGCAAGGCUACAAAUGUAGGCAAUGCAAUGCGGCCAUUCACAAGAAGUGCAUUGAUAAGAUUAUUGGGAGAUGCACAGGAACAGCAACCAAUAGUCGAGACACAGUGUUUCAGAAGGAGCGCUUUAAGAUUGACAUGCCACAUCGCUUCAAGACCCAUAACUACAUGAGCCCGACCUUCUGUGACCACUGUGGGAGUCUACUGUGGGGAAUGGUCAAACAAGGCCUCAAGUGUGAAGAAUGUGCUAUGAACAUUCAUCAUAAAUGCCAGACCAAGGUUGCCAACCUUUGCGGAAUCAACCAGAAGCUCCUGGCUGAGGCUUUGACUCAAGUUAGCCUGAAAUCUUCCACAAAGCGUCCAGAUCCCACUCUGUCAGAAAUUGGAAUCUAUCAAGCCAUAGAUAAAAACAUGCCAGUGGACCCUAGUGUAUUAGCAGAAGGCUCUCAGUAUGGAAAACUAUGGGACAAUACGACCCCUAGCGCUCCCAGCAGCACCAUCGCACACCGCAUCUCCAUGACCAACUUCGUGUUCCACAAGGUACUGGGUAAAGGCAGCUUUGGAAAGGUGAUGCUCGCUGAGCUCAAAGGAAAAGGGGAAUAUUUUGCUAUAAAGGCCCUGAAGAAGGAUGUGGUGCUUAUGGAUGAUGACGUGGAGUGCACAAUGGUGGAAAAAAGAGUGUUAGCAUUAGCCUGGGAAAAUCCUUUCCUCACACACCUCUACUGCACCUUUCAAUCAAAGGAGCACUUAUUCUUUGUGAUGGAGUAUCUGAAUGGAGGAGAUCUGAUGUUCCACAUUCAGGAUAAGGGCCGUUUUGAUUUGUACAGAGCUACGUUUUAUUCCGCUGAAAUCAUCUGUGGACUACAGUACCUCCACUCUAAAGGCAUUAUAUACAGAGAUUUAAAGUUGGACAAUGUGAUGCUGGACAAGGAUGGACAUAUUAAGAUUGCAGACUUUGGGAUGUGCAAAGAGAACAUGCUUGGAGAAAACAGAGCAACCACGUUCUGUGGCACACCUGAUUAUAUUGCUCCUGAGAUCCUGCUGGGACAGAAAUACAGUUUCUCUGUGGACUGGUGGUCGUUCGGCGUCCUGCUCUACGAGAUGUUGAUCGGCCAGUCGCCGUUCCAGGGCGACGAUGAGGACGAGCUGUUCGAGUCGAUCCGCAUGGAUGUACCUCAUUACCCACGGUGGAUUACCAAAGAGGCCAAAGACUUGCUGGAGAAAUUAUUUGAGCGGGACCCGACCCGACGGCUUGGUGUUGUGGGAAAUAUCCGUGGACAUGCCUUCUUCAAGACAAUCAAUUGGACCGCUCUGGAGAAACGAGAGGUGUCUCCCCCAUUCAAGCCAAAAGUGAAAUCCCCCAAUGACUGUAGCAACUUUGACCGGGAGUUCCUCAGCGAGAAGCCCCGUCUUUCUCAAAGUGACAAGAACCUGAUAGACUCCAUGGACCAGACGGCCUUUGCUGGCUUCUCUUUCAUUAACCCCAAAAUGGAAACCAUCAUAGAAAAAUAAGACAUUUGCCCAACUCAAACCAGGAGCCAGGAGUUCAACCAGUGUUACACUUGUUAUACUUUCUGGAUGAUCCAAAUAGAUAAUGCUGUAUUUAUGUCUUCUUCAAUCCAGUGAUCAAAACUUUAAAUCUGAAAUGUAUUUGAUGAUGUACUAUAUUUGUUACUGUAAUAUUCCUAACAUAGAUAUGUAUACAUGCUCAUAUGAUUAAAAAAAAUACCCUUACUAUCAUCCACACAUCUACACAGACAGACAAAAGGGAUUCUAGAAACCUAAAAAAUUUCUAGAAAGGAAAGGGACUGUGUAUUGUAGUCUGUAUAAUACGCUGGGACUUUGCAAUUUGAUCUAAUAGUGGCCUUCUUGACACUCUUGAAUCCUCGUUUGCCCUCAUACGUUUCAUUCGUAGAGUCUCAUACUAAGGUUCGUUUGUGGGAUGAUUUGGUGUUUAUUUUUCUAUCUAUCUUUUCUUGUUGAUCUGAAACAAGUUUUACAUUAUAAGUUGUAAUUUUAAGAAGCUGAUUUUCCCAGCGUGCACAAAAUAGUGUUUUUUGUUUCACUAUGGUUCUAUAAAUCUCGUGUAGGUGAACCUAAAACCUCUGCAAUAUGAAAACCUAGAAAUAUUAAUGUCUUGCUCGACAUAUUGUUUAUACAUAGGGUUACUUUUAUGGUACUGUAUAGGUAGCGCAUUGGUACAUUGUAUUGGUGGGUGGAGGAUAUAUCUCCUGAGAAGGUGAGAGUAUAAAUAUGUACUAUUAUUUAAUGUUGGUAUUUUAAUAUAGUAUGAUACUGUAUAUAACAAUAUAUGUAUAUUGUUCUGAACUGUUGUUGUUGUUACUGGAGGUCAUAAUGUUCCUUUUUUUACUGAUUUUACUCCUCGGAACUCAACACCAUUAAAGGUUUCUUCGACUUGAA